AAGACAUUGUCGUUCUCGUGCCAAAAACUUGUAAGCACUCCUGCUCUAAAGUGUGUAUGGCGUCUUCAAACCUGUGAUCUCUCUAUCAGGCGCGCGCAGACACAGACGGAGCGCUCGCGCGCUACUGAGCGUUUGGGCUGCAGACUCAGAAAUGAGGAGAGGGCAGCAGUGAUGCUCUGAGCAAACUUUCGCGGCUUGUUGUUUUUCUGUCCGUGUUUUAACGUUAAGAGUAUAAAGGGACCCACGUCUUUUUUAUGCGGGAUGGACGUUCUGGGAUCUAUGUUUCCACUCUGGAAGGCUCUGAUUCUGUUCCCGGUUCUCCUCCAGAGCGGCCGGGGCGACCUUCCGGACUGUCCGCCCUCCUGUUCCUGCUCCUCCACGGACAUCAUCUGCAACAGGCCGGACAGCAGCACGCUGUUCCCGAUGCCGUCCUUCCACGGCCCCAGCGGCGCGGGGAACCUGAGCGGCGGCGUGGAGGACCUGCUGGAGAACAUCACCACCAUUCACAUAGAGAACUGGACUGGUCUAGAGAUGCUGAGAGACGUUGAUAUGGAGCUUUAUCCAGGCUUACAGCGACUGACAAUUACACGGAGUGGAUUGAAAUCCAUCCAGACUCGAGUUUUCUCCAGAAAUCCUUACCUGCAGUACAUAGACUUCUCCAGGAACCCCAGGCUGAAGACGCUGUCGUGGCAAAGCUUUGAAUAUCUCCAGCUUGUAGAACUACGUUUGGAGGAGGUGAUGUUUUCCUGUGGCUGUGGCAUCCGCUGGCUGCAGCUAUGGCAACAAAGAGGAGAGGCGGAGCUUAGCAGCCAACAGUUGUACUGUACCUUUAACGACACAAGAAUGUUGCUUCAGGACAUGAAUGUCAGUGACUGUGAGCUGCCAGUGGUCAGAGUCAGCCACAGCAACAUAACAGUGGUUGAAGGAGCUCAGGUGACUGUGAUCUGUAAUGGUUCUGGAUCCCCGCUGCCUAAAAUGGACUGGCCUGUCAACGGUUUGCACUCCAUCAAUACACAGGAGGACAAGGUCUACAAAAAUGGCAUCCAAUCCAUCAUCAUAAAACUGGUCAACAUGAGCAGAGACGACAACAACUUCAUGCUGAACUGCACUGCCACCAAUGAAGUGGGCAUGAGCAACGCAACAAUUCAGCUAACUGUUCACUUUCCACCUUCUGUUGUGAACCUGAUGAAGCCAGAGCGUCGCCAUGACACUUGCAUCGAGUUCACUGUGCGAGGUUUCCCCCACCCAACUCUAAAAUGGUUCCACAACAAUCAGGAAAUUUACCACACAGAAUAUGUUCGCCCUGACAUGGAAACUUACCUUGAUUAUAUAGAAGGAUGCCUCAAUUUUAAGAACCCAACUCACCACAAUAAUGGCAACUACACUUUGAUGGCAACCAACGAGCUCGGGGUGGCCAACAGGACCGUGUACGGCUUCUUCAUGGAAGAUCCGCCCACGGACUCUCCUUUUUUUACAGUUUCCAGCUCCCCAGUUCCUCCAAUUUCUGAGACCAAAGAACCCCAAGAAGAUUCUAUGAGGGUUUCUGUGGCCGUCGGGGUGGCAGGGUUUGCCUGUGCGGUGCUGACGGUCUUCUUUCUCCUCAUCAAGUAUAGAAGACGAUCAAAGUUGACCAUGAAAGGUCCAACAGCUGGGAUGAGUGGUGAAGACUCUGCCAGCCCAUUUCAUCAUAUCAAUCAUGGGGUCGUCAGCCCCUGCAUGGUGGACCUUAGUUCAGAUGCUGUGGCGAUCGGAAUGAACAGAAUCCCUGUUAUAGAAAACCCACAGUACUUCAAACAUGGACACAACUGCAGCAAACCAACCACAUAUGUUCAGCAUAUCAAACAGAGGGACAUCAUUUUGAAGAGGGAGCUUGGAGAAGGAGCCUUUGGAAAGGUCUUCUUAGCCGAAUGUUACAACCUCACUAAGGACAAGAUGCUGGUGGCUGUGAAGACUCUGAAAGACCCCACACUUGCAGCAAGGAAGGAUUUCCAACGUGAGGCUGAGCUGCUGACCAACCUCCAGCAUGAACAUAUUGUGAAGUUCUAUGGAGUAUGUGUGGAUGGAGACCCCCUCAUCAUGGUGUUUGAGUACAUGAAGCACGGGGAUCUCAAUAAGUUUCUCAGAGCACACGGGCCAGACGCCAUGAUCCUGGUGGACGACGAGUCUCUGCAGACCAAAGGGGAGCUAGGCGUGUCCCAGAUGCUCCACAUUGGAAGUCAGAUUGCAAGUGGGAUGAUCUACUUGGCGUCCCAACACUUCGUACACCGGGAUCUGGCAACCAGGAACUGCUUGGUGGGGAAUGGUCUUCUGGUGAAAAUUGGAGACUUUGGGAUGUCCAGAGACAUUUACAGCACUGACUAUUACAGGGUAGGAGGCCACACAAUGCUACCAAUCCGCUGGAUGCCGCCGGAGAGCAUCAUGUACAGAAAGUUCACCACAGAGAGCGACGUGUGGAGCUUUGGAGUCAUCCUGUGGGAAAUCUUCACCUACGGAAAACAGCCGUGGUUUCAUCUUUCCAACAACGAGGUGAUUGAGUGCAUCACUCAGGGCAGGGUUCUGGAGCGGCCCAGGCUUUGUCCGAAGGAGAUCUAUGACAUGAUGCUGGGCUGCUGGCAGAGGGAGCCACAGCAGCGGCUCAACAUUAAAGACAUCCAGAAGACGCUGUUUUCUCUGAUGAAAGCCACGCCGGUCUACCUGGAUAUACUAGGAUGACAGCAGCUGACGAGGCGUUUGGAUUCCAACCAGUCGAACUGAUCCUUGAGUGAGAAGAAGACUCUUUUCAACUGAACUCGACCACACAGAAUGGCAGUUAUUUAAUUUAUGAAACAAUACGUAUGGAUAUUUACAUGGAUUCCUGUUUUUCUCUUUGUCUGUUUUCUGUGCAGACAAACACACAAGUAAGCACUCUCAAGCAUUUUCAGAUUCCUGCAGUGCCACUCUACUUUAAAUUUUGUUUCAAUUAUUUUUCCACCGAAGCAUGAAUUCCUUGUUUUCUCUCAUCCAUUCAUGAACUACUAGUCCAAAUGCAGCAAAAACAAUGAAAAUGUUAAAGAAAAACUGUGAUUACUGUAAAAAAUUAUUUUCUGUCAAAAGGCGAGAGUGAAUGCUGACAGCUGAAGAUGCUGAUGUGUGAUUCAGCUCUAAAAGAAGCUUGGAGGCUGAAAUUCUUGGUAAAACCUUAAAGUGAAUGGGCUAAAUGUAAAUUUGACAAAGAAGUAAAACAGCAAACAAUUUCAAGACAGAUAAUCAAAGAAAAACACACUGAUCAUGGAAAAUGACCAAGUUGGCCAAAAAAAGCUUAAAUUGUUGGAAAAAGCAGCAUAAUGGUAAUAAUACCAAAGACUGUGGGAAUUUUGAAAAGCUGAGGACAGUUGGAAGAGGCUGGUGUUGUGGAUUUGUGUUCAGUGUUGUUGUUGCUUCAGUGCAGUUAAAUCUGUCCACAAAGAGCCUGAGUGUUCCAGUUGCUUCCUGGUUUCAUGGAGUCCUUCACCUAAAGAGCAUUCUCUCCAUGCUAGUGGCAAACAUCAUUCAGGUAGAAUCAUGAAAAAAUCCUCAGAGCAGAGCUGAAAACUGGCAGUCUAACGGCGUCCUAUUAGUUCUUGUUGUCAGUCUUUUGGGUUCUUCACCUGUCUGGCUCUGCCUCGACCCUCUGGGCCUUAGGACUUCCUGACAAGUGGAGUGUCUGGAUGCUGGAUUGAGGUUUUCUUUCCUAAACCUGCCUAAAGCCUCAGUCCCAGCUGCCGUUACGGGUGGAUACGGGCUGUCUGCAGGGGAAGAAGGGGCAAAUCUGUACAGGGCACACAGCUGGCCCACACAAACAAUGAAGGCGUAGAGUACUCAGUGACCCUGUAGAGAGCAACUCUUCAUGUGCAUUUUUUCUACAGGCGUGCUGCGGGCAACAGGUUGUAGUGAAGACUUGAACUAUACAUGAGGGGAGGAGGACAGAAGUUGGUGGAAUGUAGACACGUAUGAAUUUAUGAUUUUUUCAACCCUCCAAAUUGUGUUAAAAUGAGGCAAUUAGACAAUCAGUGUAGUUUGUGUGGACAUCCUACACCCACUUACUCACCUUACUAAUGACCACAGUGUGGCGUGAGGACGCCGUACGACAGCAUUACCUGUACAUCACAGGUGUGUGUAACUUGCGUUAGCCUUACAAAUAUUUCACGAUACACUUACCAAACACACGACAAUGGUACGUUCCAUUUUAAUGACCUCCCUUGAAAUUGCCUUACAAGCCUAAAGGGAACUGCAAGACACACCUGCACUCGACUUAACCCUUGUGCUAUCCUAGGCACUUUAACGUUGGGAGUUGGGUCAUCUAGACCCACUAGACA